GUCGAACGUAUACGAAACAUGUGAUUGGUGGAAAGACGACGCGACGACUUCACGCCUCUGUCGAGUAUUUCAAUGGUUUUACGUGUUCAUUCCCGUUGUAAGUUUGACAGCAGGCUGGGUUAUUGUUGCGACCUGUUGUUGAGAACGAUUCUCGUGGCUGAGCCGAAAAAACAUCACGGAACGUUGGUAAAAGACGCCUAGUGACUGACAUAUCGGCCAGGCAGAUUGAAUGUACACCUAUAUGAACGCCGACAAGAAAUGUUGAAGUUUAUCAGAGGGAAGGGCCAACAACCUACGACCGAGCGACAGAAAUUACAAAAGGAUCUUUUUGCGUUUCGAAAGGUAAGUUCCUACGAUUCGAGGUUUUGUUCACACCUGACCCGGCAACACCUUUUUGCUUAGGUCAUACUUUUAUGAGACACUAAAUUUCUUUUCCUCAGACUUAUAAAGAUGACUGGAAUAGAUUAGAUUCGUCUUUAGUAACAAAACAAGUUACUAUAUAUAGGAUAUCAGGCACGAUUAUGACUGAAAGCGAAGAAUUUUGAUGCAUGGAGAAAUAGAUGUUUUGCACUUUUAUUCGUUAUAAAGAAAAGUGAGAGCGAACUUCAGGCAAAUUCAUUUUCAUUUACACCUGAAGAGUAUGGUUUCUGCUUUGCCUCCUUUUAUUUGCUUACUUUUAAAACUAUAAGAGAAUAUUGCAAAUAGUUAAGGCAUUUUUCUCUUUUUCUCAAUACACUUUUUAGCAUUCCAAUUGAGAGAAAAUAAUGAAUGUCGGAAAGGUUAAUUUUAUCAAUCACCUAUCACUUCUUAAAACCUCCCGAUCUUUUUCCGGUUUCCGUUUUAUUUAUACAUUCAUUAUUUAUAAGCUUCGAAUGCUGGGAGCAAUUUUCUGGUUUUCGUUACUCUGGAUUCUAGGAAGAGAAAGCGAAAACAGUUGAGGGUGUUAUAAAUCCCCUUCCACUGUGUCGUGGAUUAGGAGACGGUUUGCGACAUGUAGGAUAUACCGGCAUUUUAAUCGUCAGUGUGGCUAAACUUUGAAAGAAUACCUUACUUUAUUUCUUUUGUUUUUUUACUUACAUAAGUCAACAGACUUACAAUUGAAAGUUUAUUCAGUUUUGUGAUAUCAAAAAUUUUCAAAGUUCGUAUAGGUUCGUAAAUUUCACGAUCGUUUGUUUCGAAACGAAAUAGACAUAACAUACAUAUAACGUGCAUAUAUAUGUAUGUUAAUAAUAAAAAUCGCCGUAAAACCUGUAGAAAAUUUCAGGAUUGCUAAAAUUAUACAAGACUUCUCUUUUAAUAUUAUGCACUGAAAGUAAUGAAAGGAAAGGAUUUGAUACUUUUUACGAAAUAGUUUUUAAGAGUUAAAUAUUUAUAUAUCAAAUUAUCUAUCAUUCAUAUAGAUUACGGGAACAGGUUUUCAGGAUAUAUUAUUUUUUCUAUUACAAACAUUUAUUCAAUUUUAAUUCGUUCACUUUCAACUGGUUCUAUCAAACUUAAACAUCGAAAUAUAUGAAUAAUCGGCAUGUAAAGAUAAAGAAAAGAUGUUAAGUAUUACAACUCAGUGAAUUAUAUCAUCAAUCAUGAUAAUAUAAUUCGUAUAUAAUCUAAAAAAAACCUCUGAAUUUAUAUUUGAUAAAAGAAAUCAGAUGAAUUUGUUAUUAAUUUCGGUUCAUUGAGUACAUGUUUAAUGCGCGGCAAAACACAUUAUUGACAUGAAUGAUAUUUCAGAACGUUUAAACAGUGUUAAGAUUCGUAUUUUAUAGGUAAAUGAUACGACAGUAUAUAAAAAACUUUCAAUAUUUGAAAUUGUAUUGCAAUGACAUGAUAUAAAGUAAAAGGUUAACCUAAAAAAUUUGAUUAAUUUCGUUUCUUUGCCUUUCUUUCUUCUAUGUAUCUAAUUAUCGAAUUUAAUACUAUUGUUUAGAAACCAUUAGCUUUAAAAGGUUAGUUCUAUGACGAAAUAUUAAGAUUUUCAAAUUGUCUUUAUUGAAAAAUAUGAGACAACAUGUUUUAAGAAUGAACGAUACAGAAAUCGAUACUGAAAGUCUAGAAGACGACGGGUAGUCGUAAGAGAGUUAUUUAAUAUUGGUCAACGAAAGUCAAGUAUAGUGCAAAAAGUUCGAAUUAUUGUGGUUGUAUGUGCGGUGUGAUGAGUUCUUUCAGCGGUUCUGUCACGGCUGGUUGUCAUCGUCGCCAGCCAUCGGGUACACCGUCGCAACAUUUUACUAAAGGUUAAUUUCUUCACUUGCCGGAUUUAAAAUUUAACCACAUGAAUUGCGAAAACAGUGGCUCGAGUGUAAUCAGGUCAUACUGGUUCCGAUCAAUUCAUCAAAAUACGAUGCAACCUUCAUAAUGACGUUAUAACUGUGGGCUUACAUAUAAAGGUGAAGAUAUAUCGAUUGCAUAUCGAUUAUUAUCGAUGAACUUUGUUAUCGAAAAUUAUCGAUGCCUUUUAAACUUAAAAAAUAUCAUUUAACCCUACUGUAAAAUGAAAUAUUUUAAAGUAUUUUGUAAUCAAAAAGUUUACAAUACAUAAAAGAUAAUAAUUAGAUAAUAGAAUUAAAUACUUAAAAACUACAUUUUAAUAAUAUUUAUUGAAAUAUAAUAAUAAUUUCGAGUCUUAUUGAGUCGAGGAAAACUAUUGAGGUUAUACUUAACUAAGCUUUCGUUGACCAAUAUUAAAUAACUCUCUUACGAUAUAAUAAAGAUAUAAACAUGACAUAUUCUAAUAAAAAUUGAAGUGUCUAUAUCACGUUCUUAUAUUCCUAAAUACACAGUUACAACUGAAAUUGUAUACCUUGUGUUUCCCUCAUUCUGUUGUUUUUCAUAUAAUGAAAUAAAUAUAAUGAAUGAAUCUAUGUAGACAAUAAACACAUUCCACAAGUUUAAACGUCUACUUACGUAUACGUUACUUUCAUUCAGUUAGAAAAUGAAAUAGGAAAUAUAGGUUAAUUUAUGAGUUAAGCAAUUGCAAGCAGAAGUAAUGUACUCUGCACGAGUUGAAAAAAAAGUAGAAAGCCUGCAUCGAGAAUGCCUGUUACUUUAAUUAAAACGAUCACAUUUACGCAAACUCGGCGUUUACAGUACAAUUUGAUUCGAUUUAAAACUCAAAGAACAUCUGGUUCCAUUACAUCACUGAAUGAUAUUUUAUCGCUUAAUCGGAGAAAAGGCGUGGGACGACAAAGAUUAAAAAAUAAUCACCUUAGAAUCUUCACCUUUAGAAACUGACAAAUGUUUAUGGAAGGAAAGGAAGAAAAUUUUAUUUUAAAUUUUUAUAUAAGAUAAUUAAACGUAUUAAAAUGGUAUUUAUUAAUUAUAUCAAUCUUAUCACGAUGUUAUUUCAAGCAAACAGCAUUUAGUCUGUAACAUCAAUUCUAUCAAUAAUUGCAAGCAGUCCUUGUAAAAAAAAAGAGAUAUGAGAAAAGAUAUUAUCGGUUUUGCAAACAAACGUAUGAUAAAAAGUGCCUAGCUCUUUUUACGUUUGCUUUAACAUACGCGGAAGAACGUAUCGUUAGAUUCAAUUGGCUUAGUCAAUUAGGUAUGAAUUGAUGUAUGCGAAUUAUUUCGUGAUUUUAAUGUAAAUGAGUAGUGAAAGAUGAGUGAUUAAGUAAAUAUAUUAAAUAUUAUUAAUAUAUUUGUAUAUUAAUAAUAAUAAAUAAUAAAUAAUACUUAAUAUAUCAAAUAUAUAAUUUAUUUUAAAUUUAAUAAUGUUUUGUCAUAAGCAUGACAAAUAUUUUUUAUUUAACAAUGUAUAAUAAAUAUUCCUCAUAGAUAAUUUAAAUAGUACGUAAAAAUAUUCUUGUAAAAUAUGUUAUAUUUAUUUGGCUAUUAAACACGAGAUAAGUAUGGAUUUCUAUAGUGUUCUAAAUAUUCUAGUAAAGUAUACUACGUAUACUAACGUGAGCUAUUUACGUUGAAGAAAUGUCACAUCAGGUCAUCGAUCGAAUAAUAACUUUUGAUCGAAGAAUAAAAUUAGACCGAGUUAUUAUUUAAAGUUUCUUUCCUUAAAAAGAAUUGUUCCUUAAAAAGUUUUCAAUUAUUGGCAAAAUCUCCAUACUUUUGCAAUAUCUGGAAUUCCGAAACAAAUCUAACUUAAUCCGAAAUUUUCAAAAUAUACAGGAUUCAAAAGCUCGAUUCAUAAAGAAAUUAAUAUUUCGUUUAUGUAACUUCGACUAAGAUUAAGGUUUAUUCAUUUGGAUUAAAAUUUAGGAAGGAAUAAGUAUUAAUACUUUAAUACCUUAAUUAUUAAUUAAUUAUUAAUACUUUUUAAUAUCUUAAAAGUAUAUUUAUCUUGGAUCCUAUUGACGCAUGUUCUUUCAAAAUUGUUUCUCAUAGAAAUUAGCUCGGUCAAGAUUUUACUCUCGCUUUUUUCUAUAUUUAUGAACACUAUUGUGUAUUGUGACCUAUGAUACUAAAAAUCUUGGGAUUCAGGUAGAAAAUAUCCUUACAUUUUCUACACAUCGCUGCGCACAUCAGUUGAAAUAUCAAUUAGAGUUAUAAUAUCAUUGCAAUAUCAUUAAAUGAAAAUUUAUUUUAUGCCUAAUUUAGCAAGGGUCCUUUUCCAUUAUAAUAAUGUGCAAUGAAAUAAUGUAUAGUAUAAUUUAUAAUCUCAGAAGGUUAGGAAGCAUGAUUUGUAGUUACAAGUAUCGAUAAACCACCAGUUCUGAGAUUUUAUUAUUGUUAAUCCAAGAGUUGAUGCAUUAAUCAUUGAUUGAAAUUGUGCUUUGGGUGGAAAGCAUAUGUAUACCGAUAAGAAAGAACAUCAUUUUGUCGUGUUUAUCCUUCGGAAGUAAGGGAAAAUUACUCGAAUCUCACUCGAUAAAAUUCCCUUAUCGAAAAUAACAGGGACAAUUAAGAGAUUAUUUUCGAGUGUGUCACCCUGUACGAGAGAAUGUACAUUGUUACAAUGUAUAUCAUAGAAAUAUGUUUCGAUUACUAAUCGUAAAAGAUAGGUGAGUACAGGCACGGUCUAUAAAAUCUGAUUCUUCGAUGAAUAAUCGGCACGUCUCUAAUUGUCAGUCAAAAAUUGAUGCCGUGUGGUACAAGUUACGUUGAGAAAGUCGGAAAUGAGCGUUGAGUAUAAUUGGCGUUAAUUACAUUGAAAACGAGUCACGAAGAAGGGAGUACUAACGCCGCGUCGUUGUUUCCUUUAAUUGAGCUUGCCUCAUGUUUAAUUACUAUGCCAGAAUCCAUGUUUUUUUUUUUUCUUUUUUAAUUUUCAUUUUAAUCACUUAAUCGUUACGAGUGAACUCUUUGCAUUACUUCGUAUUACCUUUUUAGCUAAUUGUUGUAUCUAUGAUAUGUUUUUCUUUUUUUCUUCUCCUGCUUUCUUUUCUGAUUUUAUCAUACGAAGUAUAGAAGCCUGGAUGUUUUAUACUUAAAACGCUUUAACAGAUUUAUAAUAUAUCCUCUCCCUUCGACUUCUCUUCUUCUGUCAUCACUUUCGCACGCGGUUAUGACUUUAAAAGUCGAUAAAAUGAUUAAGGCUAGUAAAAGAAUCGGAUUGUAAGUAGAUAAAAGAUUAAUAAUUCUAGGUUAAUAAUUAAUUAACUGUGCGACGAAAUGGAAAUGGAAAAGUUCAAUCCUUAACUAAGAUAAUUUGCUUAAUUUUUUUUUUAUUGAAGAAAUGUUUUAACUGGAAAGAGAAACUUCGAACUGUGUUUCUUGCAGGUGAUUGAACUUAAUUCAUUCGACUUGCAUGCAAGUUUCAAAUAAAUUGAUAUCGAGGAUCAAACUACAUAUUAUCCCAGAAUGUGCGUGUGUAUCAUUGAUAGUGCAGAUAACGUACAUUAUUUUUAGCGAAUUUCUCGUAUAAAUAGUCUACUGAUUACGGCGGACAGGGUACAAAUAUUAUGACGAAUGAUCAGACAAAAUAACUGAGCCAAAUUAUAAAUCUAACAUCCAGAUGACUUGCAAUUAAUCCAUUAAGUAAAACGAAGCUUUCACAGAAGUUUCAAGAAGUUUUUAAUGUAACACUCUAUGUAAUACUCAUUUUUUAAUUACUUAUAAAUAAAGAACAAGAAAAUCUAUAAGUCUUUUAUAAAAAUGUCAAAAGAUCUUUUCUAAAAAUAUGAGGAUGGAGUGGUGGAAUUAAAAUAAAGAAGCAGUAGAUUUCCGAUUGUAUAUUUGCCUUAUUCUAACAUAUAAUUAUCAGAAUUAUUCAUUCGAUUCGCAUAUAAUUAAGGAGAAAACAGCUACAUCAAGCCUUACCUAUUCGUUAUUUAAUUUAUCCUCUUCUUGCAGACAGUGCAGCAUGGGUUCCCAAAUAAACCCACAGCCCUUGCAUGGGAUCCGAGUUUGCGACUGAUGAUCAUUGGCACAGCAUCCGGCGCUAUCAAGGUGUAUCCUUUUUAUUCUUGUCGCUCCUUUACGUUCGACUAAGUUCGCCUCUUUCUUUCUGUUUCUUUUAAUAUUUACAAUCUGACUACAAGACGUCGUCUUCUUGUACUCAAUGA